AUGCUCUCGCGAAAGCCUGCCCUGCUGCUCUCCUAUACCAGCCUCAACUACCAGUUCCCUCCGCCUGCGACGUCAUGCCGCCCCGCCCUCACACACGGCAACCGUUCCCGUCCGCGUCCCUACGCCCAGGACGCGCAUAGCAGCGAGGCCGAUCUGACCUGGCCUGACGCCGUGCCUCCCCACCGCUCUCCUACGCCUUACCAGAUCCUUCGCUGCAAACGCGGCCACGCCUACACGAAACAUCGCUUCUACUCCCUCGUCAAGCUGUACCACCCCGAUCGCUCCGACACCGCGUCUCCAGUAGCCCACCUGCCACAUGCCGUGCGCUUGGAGCGCUACCGCCUGCUCGUUGCUGCCCACACCAUCCUCUCCGACGAUGCGAAGCGCAAAGCAUACGACGCCUGGGGGUUGGGAUGGUCUGGACACCACCCCGCCCCCACUCAUCCACACCCUCCUUCCCGCCCGUGGGCCUACGAACAGCGCCAGUGGAACCACGAUCCGAGCCAGAAUGCGACAUGGGAAGAUUGGGAACGCUGGUAUCAGCGGGAGAGCGGCACAGAGGCGCCGCGAGACCUGUACAUGUCAAACUUUGCUUUUGUAUCCCUGGUCUUCGCCAUAGUCACAUUAGGCGGCAUCAUGCAAGGUACGCGAGCUAACGUCUUCGGUACUUCGGUCCUGGAGCAUCGCGAGAGGAUUCACAAAGAAGCCUCUUUAGAGCUUCAACGCUCCAAACGCGCCACCAUGUCUGGCGACCGGAACGAACGGAUCAGGACUUUCUUGGAGCAUAGAGAUGCCACCCUCGCGGGUGAAGACGCUUAUCAGCGAUUGCUUCCACCAGCAGACACAUGCCUGCCUGACACUGUCCGGAAACACUAA